AUGGCCUUCUUCCCUCCUGAGAUAGAGGACAUGGUAAUCGCCAUGACCAACCUCGAGGCGUCCAGACGCAGACCCUCCAUACACGGAUGGAACCCCAUGGGGCGCGUCGAGUUCAGAGCUUACGUAGGGCUGCUGAUACUUGCAGGCGUGUACAAGUCGCGAGGUGAGGCGUGUGAGAGCUUGUGGGACUCAGAGAGCGGCAGGCCCGUGUUCAGAGCAGUUAUGACGCUCAAGACUUUCCGGGCCUACUCAAGUGCCCUGCGGUUCGAUGACCGAGAGACAAGAGAGGCCAGGCGCCUCGAUGAUCGCGGGAGAUACGAUAAGGUGGCCCCGAUCAGAUCGGUGUGGGACGGGUGGUGCGCGCGCUUGCCUGUCAUGUAUCGUCCUGGACCCGAGGUCACCGUGGACGAGAGACUUGUUCCAUAUAGAGGAAGAUGUCCGUUCAGGCAGUACAUGCCCAGCAAACCGGCUAGGUAUGGGAUCAAGAUAUGGGUGUUAUGCGACGCUCGGUCCAGUUAUGCGUUGAAAAUGCAGCUGUACGCGGGCAAGCCCGACAAGCUCGGUCCCCCUGAAAAGAAGUUGGCCACACGAGUGGUGAUGGACCUGACCGAGGGACUCGCGCCUGGACACAACAUCACCUGCGACAACUUCUUUACCUCCCGCGAGCUUGCCACAAAGCUCUUCCGAGAAAGAGGUCACACGUUGUUGGGCACUCUUCGAAUGAACAGACCCGAGAUCCCCAGAGAGUUGCGAUGCUCUAAGGGUAGGCCCGUGGGGUCCGCAGAAAUCGCCGUGCUUGACGGUGACCCGGACGAAGGGAUUCCGUACGCGGUCGUCAUGUCCUACGUGCCGAAGAGAAACAAGAACGUGUUGCUCCUCACCACCUGUUCCCGCUACCUAACGUGCUCCCAGUCUCUGCCUCCGCCACGACUGAGCGAAAGCAAACCGCCAAUGGUGAUACAUUACAACCGCACCAAGGGUGGCGUGGACAACCUAGAUAAGGUAGCGGGUACGUACAGCUGCAGGAGGAAGACAUCUAGGUGGCCGGUGGCCCUUUUCCAUAACAUGGUGGACGUGGCGGCGUACAAUGCGUCCGUGCUCUGGAGGGCCACCCAUCUGGACUGGAUGUCAGGCAAGCUCAACAAACGAAGGCUGUUCCUCGAGCGGCUGGGCAGAGCGCUGGUUCUACUUAUGAUCGAGGGCACGCGCCAGCCACCAGGAACGGUCCUUCCCGGUCCUCGGGCUAACCGUGACGAGCCCAGGGAUUCCCCUGUCAAGAGGCAGAGGUGUCGCGUUUGUCCCAGGAGCAAGGACGUUAAGACCAAGGCUGUUUGCUGCAUCUGUCAUGCGCAUGUGUGCUCGAGGUGCGCGCUCACCUACUGUCCAACCUGCGCUACGGGGCCCAUGCCAGCCGCCAGAUGGGAGAGUGUAACAUGA